AUGAAUAGAGCGUGCUCCGAAUCUUUUUUGCAAGUUUUAUCUUUUCCAAAUUCUCUAGUAACAAUUUGUCACGUCAUCGCUUGUUUUGAAAUACCAUUUCACAUUAUUGGAGCAUAUUGUAUCAUAAGGAAAACACCUGAGCGUAUGAAAAAUGUAAAGCUGAACAUGCUCAUUAAACAUUUUUCCACAAUUUUCAUGAGCUUAUCCAUGAGCCUAUUCAUUAUUCCAUUCAUGAUGCUUCCGGCUUUGGCAGGAGUUCCACUUGGAGUUUUUUCGAUAAUUGGGAUAUCAAUUCCUGUGCAAAUAUAUUUAGUUGUUACGGGACCGGCUGUGACCGGAAUAACUAUUCUUGCCCUUUUUGAAAAUCGUUUCUCCCUGUUGACCGAAAACCUCAAAUGGAAGAAAAUUAGAUUUGUAUAUAUUUCAUUAAACUACUUAUCGGCGUUUUUGUUUUUUGUGUACCCAAUGAUCCAAAUUCCUGAUCAAAAUAUUGGUAGGAGUGAACUCAUUGCGAGUUCUCCGUGUUUGGCUGAAUUACUGGGAUCCCUUAUUUCAUCGAUAUUUAUAAUCACUAGGAAUCCAUUGUCAACUGCAGUUCCAAUGUUCAUCGAAAUGUUUUUCAUCAUUUCUCAAGUCACAAUAAUUACAAUUUUAACUUAUCAAUGCCUGGCAACACAAAAAUUUCGUAUGUCACAAACUACAUAUCAAAUGCAGAAUAGGUUCGUCAAGGCGCUAUCUGUGCAAUUUCUACUGUUCAUUACGUGUCUUGGAGCUCCAGUGGGAUUAUUCACCUUUUCGAUGUUAUUGAAUGAUUAUAAUCAGGGACUGAACAAUUUGUGUAUAAUUGGACUAUCACUUAAUGGAAGUAUAUCAACUCUAUCAAUGAUGGCUCUGCAUCAACCAUACCGAGAAUGGAUAUUAGGAUUUUUUAAAAGUGGGAAAGUUCAACAAUUUCCAGAGAGAAGUAUUGCAACAUUUCAUUGA